UCGGCCAGCACUCCAGUUGCCUCCGGGGCCUUGGACUAAUCCAACCAUGUACUUCAAACUGGUGCUCGCCUUCACCUUCGCCGGCUUCUUGCUCCUACGAGCCGUGGACGUCGUUUGGGAUCUCUUCGUCUUGGUGGCGGCGUUGAUUGCCAGCUUCGUCUGGGCCAGCCACGUGAGCCGCAUGCUGGUGCGAAUGAUCAAGGCCGGCCGGAUUCAGACCGUCAACAAAAGUGUCUUCAUCACCGGCUGCGAGGUGGGCUUUGGUCGCGAUGCGGCAAUCGAGUUGGCCCACCGGGGAUUCACCGUGUUCGCCGCCUGCGCUACGCUGAACGAUCCGUACGUUGACUUUCUCAAGAGAACGCCCAACGUAACGGUGCUAAGUUUGAGCGUCCUGAACACAGAAGACCUCAGCAACGCCGUCAAGGCGGUCACCAAUCAUCCAUCGGGUAAGACGGCCUGCUUGCCAUACGAGUUGAUGAACCUAAAGAGUUUCCGGGCCCUCGCGCCUUCACGUACAACGUCUGCAAAAAAAGAAAAAAAGACAGUGGACACCCCGUCGCCUCCCCCACCACCACUCGGGCGGCGGAGGUCGUCUCUGAGUCAGUUGUCCCAGGCCCACCUGAACGCCUACGGUGACGAGUACCUGCUCAACUUCAAGCUGAACGCCGAACGCCGGCUGCUGCUCUUUGCCAGGCAGCCCCACAGGGCGGUUGUAGAGGACAUCGUCGACGCCUUGACUCACAGGUAUCCGCUCCUCAGCUACAACUCGGCAGCGUCCGGCGACGUGCUGCUCUGGACACUUCUAGAAGUGCUGCCGGCCGAGUUCACCGACGCCAUCUUGAACCGCGUCAUGGGCGGCAAGCAGCCACAGCCCAGGCUGCAGACUGCCGUGCAGCCCGAGUCUUCGCUGGCGUCCAUGAUAGGGUUAACGGGCAGCGGCGUGGACAAUACGCUGUUUCCUCGUAGAUGAGAAGAGGGAAGCUUCAGGGAGGAAAAGGAAAUAACUCGCAACGGUUUGUUGGCAGCUUAUUUGGUCGACGAGAUGGAAAUAUAUUUGAAGAAGGUUUCGGAGGUAAUUUCCGAUAGACGAUGAAUGAUAAUUAAUGCUAUUCUGCCGCAGAUGCCAGUGAUUAACAAGAAAUUAUUUGAUUGAUCCUGAUCGGUAUUAUUCUUUGCCAAAAGCCGUAUAAGCCACGGGGGACAUGCUUUUUUUUUAAUAUUUGAGCGUGCAGAGGUACCUGAGUUACAGACAAGAUGUAUAAAGCUACGUUACUAUUGCCUCUGUAAGGCAUUUAUUCGGGAAAAUAAACAUACAGGAGGGUUUCCUUAUUUUAU